AUGUUAAUUUUAAAUCUUUCAUUACAAAAUGUUUCUUUACAACGAGAUUCUAUGAGUAAUUUAUCUGAAGAAACUUUUGCAUCACUUAAAACUUUAGAAGAGAUUCGCAAUGAAGCUGAAAAUUUAUCUAGUUUAAAAAAUGAGUUACAAAAUUCAAUAUCAAAUAUUCAAACACUUUUAAAUAUUCGAACAGAAUAUUUAAAGCUUCAUGAUAAUACUUUUAUAACUAGAA